UUAGAACCAGUGUCCUCGGACUCCUAAGACCGGGCUCUUUCCAUAAGCUUUAACGGGAUGGAUUUACCUCUCAGGGAUAAAAGGAAGUCCCUGAUGCUCCGGGAGGGAAACUGAGGCACAGAUAAGAGGCUCACUCCCGAGAUCGAGGGGACGGUGGGCGGUAGAUUCAUCCCUACGGACCAAAUUGGCGUGUGGCCCCGGUCGCCAUAUGACUUGGAUUAUCGCGUCUCCCGGGCGUUCCACGGGCAGAUUAACCUGGCCGGGUUUUCUCACUCUCUGCCGCCUCCGAACCCCUUUCCAGCUGGACUUUUGUGAGGCUAAGUGAGAUCGGGAGGUAGGAUGCGGGCCGAGUAUUAGGUGGGGGGCGUCUUCCUUCUACGUUUGCCUUUCCGCGUAUCGUAGAGUCGGCCUCACUCUUCCCGAAGUGGAAAACGCACGAGGAGUUUCAAGCGUUUAAACGGCUGCCCUGUGGAGAUACCCCAUCCGAAGGACAGAUGACAUUCCCAGGACCUGGAUGUUCAUCUAGCCUUCCCAACCACCGCUUGAUCUCCCAGUUUGCCACGCUUGUCUUCCAAGAGGCUGGUAGUUACAGCGGCCUUCUCUCCCUAGGGUCGUCCUGGAAUGCGGAGAUGGAAGCCGGAGAUCCUGCUGCCCCGGACGCAGAAGAGAUGGUCCCCGAGGAGACGGGGUUGCCCUCGGGGGACCCUCCCGAGGCGGGGGAGCCUUCGGGGGACCCUGCCGAAACGGAGGAGCCGGCUGCGGGCCUCGAGGAGGCCUCGAGAGAUUCUGCCGAGCGCGGUUCGGUGGAGCUAGGUGCAAGUGAGAGUGACCCUACCCUGGAGGGGAAAGAGGUGGUUCAGAGUAAUGGGCCUGUGGAACUGGGUCCUGGCCCCGGACCCCCUCAACCCGAGGGGGCCAGUGAAAAGGAGCUCUCUGAUUCUGCCUCAACUGACAACACCCUAGAGGACUCCAGCGAGUACUCCCGGCAAUCCUUGGGAGUGGGGAGUAGUGUGGGGCUAGAGAAGCCCCCGGGACCUGUUGCCUUGGGGCAGAGGGAUGAAGACGUGACGGCAGAGAGCUGGCGGAGCCGCCGAAAGCACGUGUUUGUCCUGAGCGAGGCCGGAAAGCCCAUCUAUUCUCGCUAUGGCAACGAAGAGGCCCUCUCUUCCACCAUGGGUGUCAUGAUGGCGCUUGUAUCUUUCAUCCAGAGCGGUGAUAAUGCCAUCCGCUCCAUUUUCUCAGAUGACCACAAGCUGGUGUUUGUGCAGCAAGGUCCGCUAGUGCUGGUGUCGGUAUCCCGAACGCUGCAGUCAGAGCAGCAGCUCCGCCAAGAGUUGCUCUAUGUCUACUACCAAAUUAUCAGCAUGCUAACCCAGGCUAGCGUCACCCGGAUCUUCGAGCGCAAGAAGAACUACGACCUGCGGCGGUUGCUGGCCGGCUCGGAGAAGAUCCUGGACAGUUUGCUGGACUUGGUGGAGUGGGACCCCAGUUUCCUCCUGGGGGCCGUGCAGUGCCUGCCUCUGCCCUCCUCCCUGCGGGACGCUCUGGGAGCCCUCCUCCAGAAGGCCAUCACCCCCAACCUGGUCUUCUCCAUCCUGGUGGCCCGGAGCCAGCUGGUAACCACAGUGCAGGAGCGGGCUGUCAUUGAGGAUUGCCGCUUGGACCCUGCAGAUCUGCAUCUGCUGCUCAACCUGAUUGGCGCCUCCUCGGCUUUCCAGGCGGGUGAGAUCUGGACACCCAUAUGCCUCCCUCGUUUCAACCCCGAUGGCUAUUUCUACGCUUACAUCUCAUACCUGGACCCUGACUGCACCGUCUGCCUCGUCUUGCUUUCCACCGACAAGGAGGCCUUUUAUGCCGUGGCGGACUGCAAACGGCGGGUGGAGGAGGGCAUGCGGACUCAGAACGCCCUGCAGGCCAUCGCCGCCGGCCUGCGCAGCCCCUCCUACAGCGUGGGACUGGUGGGCGUGCCCGACCUGCGACACUUCAUGUACAAACCCCUGGACAUUCCCGAUAACUACCGGCAGCUCCCUCAGUUUACCAGCCCUGAAAUGGAAGGGCCCUACUGCAGCCAGAGCGAGCGACAACGCCUCUUUGAUCUCUAUCACUACUUGCACAGCCGCCUCCACAGCAACUCCCGGCCUCUCCGCCUAAUCUAUCAUGUGGCUGAGAAGGAAACCCUGCUGGCAUGGGUCACCAGCAAAUUUGAGCUGUACACCUGCUUUAGCCCUUUGGUCACCAAGGCUGGUGCCAUCAACGUCAUCACCAAGUUGUUGCGCUGGCUCAAGAAGGAGGAGGACCGGCUCUUCAUCCGCUAUCCCCUGAAAUACUCUACCACCCCCACCCCGGGCCGGGGAUCACGGGGCGGCCGGGGAAUGGACAGAACAGACGCUGCUACUGCAGAGAACGGUUUUUUCUCGGGACUCUAGGAAUGGUUCGCCUUUCCCUUACCCACUGGUCAAAUGCCCUGGAGGUCCCCCUGGCCUUUCCCUUUGUCUUCUCAAUCCUUCCCCCUUGGUGAAAAGGGCUUCAGGUGAUCUGCCGUGUCCCCUGCCUCUGCCUGCUUCCCUGUUGGGUCUCAACCUGGUGUGGGAGAGAGUUGCUGCUUGUUGGUUUGAUUUUUGUCUGUUGCAUGCUUUUCUGGGGAAAUAUGGUCCCCAUCAGUAAGUAUCCUAUCGUCCUCUCCGGUGACUCCACAAAGAGCACUGGGCCUGGCUACCCUGACUAAGAAGUCUCUCUGGAGCAGGGACGCAGAGGGAAGACUCCCUGAGGCCUCUUCCUGACUCUACCCCACGUAGUCUGUUGUUUUUUCCAUCUCACGGCCUUUGGGUCUUCAACCAUAAAAUGGAAAGAGGAAUGCUUUGGAUACCUCAGGGAAAAGGUUCAGUGUGAAGAUGAACUCUCCUGAUCUCAUGCCUGACUCCUUCCUGCCAUCCUGCUGCUCAGAAGCCAUAGCUGGUGAAGGAGUGCAAUGCUUAUCUAAGCCCCUUAAUUUAUAUUUUCCUGUUUGCUGUUGCUGGCUAAUUGGUUUUUCAAGACUUCCUUCCUGGGGGCUCUUCUCCCCAUUUGGAAUAAAUGAGCAAAUGGAUUGCUAGAUCGCCGGGGGCAGGAGUGGUGAAAGAGAAAUCAUGGCUGAACUCAUCGACAAGAUUAGUAGUCACUGUGCUGGUGUGCAGAGGGGACUCCAGCUCGAAUGUGGAGAUUACGGAACAAUAAGAUGAGCGGGAGAUUCAGCUAAUAUCUCUCUUCUCAGGAAGUCAGUGGUCAGCUUUUCUUUCCAAAAUGCGUAUUCCUCGUGAGUCUGAAGUUCUCAGCAUCCCUAGAUCUCUGCUCUGACUCAGCCCAUCAGUAUUUUUCAUUAGGAGGUCUACACCCUCUCUGCCCCCCCCCAAGGUUUUACUGAUGUCUGCAUCAGAGGAGUGCCUGGCCCAGUACUGAGAGAUUAUUCCCAACAAAGUUAGAGUGAAGCCUUCCUUUCAGCAGUGCUUUUAUUCCUGGAAUUGGCCCUGGAGCUCAUCAGGGCCCUGCUAAUCCUAACUCUUGAUUAGCACUUUGGAGAGCCCUUUCCUUCCUCUUACCCUUCACCAUGAAAAGUUUUACUUUACGAGCUGUAUUGGAGGAGAUUCAGGAGCUGGCCAUGGGCUUUGACUUAGCAUUUUGACUAUUCAGGGUCCAUCCAGAUAAAAAAAAACACCACAAUCCCACCCCCACCCCUGUGACCCUUGGUUCUGUGGUGGUUUUAGACUGUGAAGGUUUUCCAGGAGCAGGUCUGUGGCCAGACCACUUCUUAAAGGUGGCAACUCCUUCUCCCUUUCAUACACCCCUCUCCAAGCUUGAGAGGGUGGGGGGCGGUUUGCCCAAAUUUGGCUCUGUCUGCUGGAUUAAGUUCUAUAUUAACAGGGACUGGUUCCCCAGCCUUAGCCUCUAAGGAAGAAUGGGUGGAACAAGAUGUCUCCCUUACACACAAAUUUACUCGGGAAAUAUAAUCCAAGGGGUAGAUCUAUUCUUCCUCAUUCCCCUUAUUUUGCCUUAGUGUGGAGAGGGGCGGAAAAGAAGACUUUCUGUCAUAUUCCCUGAAAUCUGGAUAGAGAGGCAGCAGGCAUCAAAGUCCAAUAGUUUCUCUGGGCAGGGGCCUUCCUAAUGUUUCCCUGAGGCCCAGAUAAGAGGGCAUGGGGAGAGGGAGAUAUGGAAUUAGCUUCUUGAUUGAGGAGGAGCCCUGAGUUUAAGGAAUCCCAACUUAAGUUUGUUGAUCAUUUGGCUAAGGUUUCUGAGCCCGGGAUGAGCCCCGUAUCCCUAGGGAUGUGACUGUCCUCUUGGGCAGGAUGCCCAUCAUUGUAGUUGGGGCAGAGGAGGUAAUGUUCCCCCGAGUAGCUCCCUGCAGGUUGUUUCAUGGGCUGUCAUGGUAGAGGAGAGGCCAACUGUCACCAUAUAGAUGAGCAAGCCUCCUCCUCGCUUCCAAGUCACUACUAUCUGAGUUCUAGUGUCAUCCUAUUCCCCAGCUUUUGAGGUCACCAAUGUGUUUUUCCAAUCUCUUCCCCCUAAUACUGUUUUUGGGUGCAUCUUUUGAACACCGAGGUUUCUCUGGGCUCUGCCUUUUGGGGCUCUACCAGGAGGACUGGGUUAAGGGGGGGUUACAGAAAGGAGGGUUGUGUUUCUUUGCAUGGCCUGUGGUCUCGGGUUGGGGGCAGCUGCUUCUGGGUUGGGCUGGCUCAAUUCCAUUUUCUUUUUCCAUGGUAUUUGUUAAGCCCUUACUAUGUGCCAGGCACUCUACUAAGUACUAGGGUAGAUACAAACUUAUCAGGUUGAACAUAGUCCCUGUUGCAUAUGGGGCUCACAGUCUUUUCCCCCAUUUUUAUGAUAAAGUAACUGAGGCAUAGAGAUGUGAAGUGACUUGCCCAAAGUUACACAGCUGAGAAGUGGCGAAGCCAGGAUUAAAACCCAAGUCCUUCUGGAUCCCAAGCCUAUGCUCUCUAGCCCCGAGGCCACGCUGCUUCACUAUCUUUCUUUGAAGAAGGCACUUUUUUGUUCCCCUGAGGUACUGACUUUAUGUGUAUUAUAAAAAGUUUUAAAAGAA